CAAAAGGAGAGUGUUAACAAGCUGACCCACACACAAGCAGAGACAGCCACAAUGAGUGAAAGAACUAAGAGAUCAGUAGGAGUUCUUGGAGCACCCUUUUCUAAAGGGCAGGCCAGAGGUGGAGUGGAAGAAGGACCAAUUUACAUAAGGAGAGCAGGUUUAAUCGAAAAACUAGAGGAACUCGAAUAUGAUGUGAGGGAUUAUGGCGAUCUGCAUUUUCCUGAGCUGGCCUGUGACGAACCCUUCCAGAAUGUGAAGAAUCCACGCACGGUUGGGCAAGCUACAGAAAAAGUUGCUAAUGCUGUUUCAGAAGUUACGAGAAGUGGAAGAGUUUGCUUAACCCUUGGUGGAGAUCACAGCUUGGCAGUUGGGACCAUCACAGGACAUGCUAAGGUUCACCCUGAUCUUUGUGUUGUUUGGGUGGAUGCCCAUGCAGAUAUUAACACUCCAUUGACAUCACCCAGUGGCAAUCUACAUGGACAACCUGUCUCUUUCCUAAUCAGAGAGCUACAAACCAAGGUGCCAGCCAUCCCAGGAUUCUCUUGGGUGCAGCCAAGUCUGUCUGCCAAAGAUAUAGUAUACAUUGGACUGAGAGAUGUAGACCCUGGAGAGCAUUAUAUUCUGAAGACUCUUGGGAUUAAAAGCUACUCAAUGUCAGAUGUGGACAGGCUUACAAUAAAUAAAGUGAUGGAAGAAACUAUUGAAUAUUUGGUUGGAAAGAAGAAAAGACCCAUCCACUUAAGCUUUGACAUAGAUGGUUUGGAUCCUAGUGUUGCACCUGCUACUGGCACACCCGUCGCUGGAGGUCUCACCUACAGAGAGGGCAUGUACAUCACAGAGCAGCUUUACAAUACAGGCUUACUUUCUGCAGUGGAUAUGAUGGAGGUCAACCCAUCGCGUGGAGAAACAGAACGGGAAGCCAAGCUGACUGUAAACACCUCCAUCGAUAUGAUCCUGUCCUGCUUCGGGAAGGCACGAGAAGGCUUUCAUGCAUCCUCCAUGCAUGUUCCUGAUCUGAUUUGAAUGCCAAGUCCUCUGCUAUGUCCACCUUGCAUACUUCAAUUUUAAUUAUUAAAACAGUAUAUUUUAAUGGACAGAAUGCUCAUAUCAAAAUGCAUAUAUUAUCAUUUCUCAGCAAGUUUGUUACAUUAUACAGUAGAGUUGAGAAUUUCUUUCAUUCUCAUGUUGACAAAAUAUAACUGCACAAGAUAGGGAAUCAUAGCACAAAUAAUAUUUAAGUUAUAUUAACUUCUUUUCUUUAAAAUGUAAGCAUUUAGAAUUUGAGGUCUUUGAUCUCUGUGACUUGUUUUUGUAUGCUUGUUAAUGUAGAUUUAUCUUAUAUAUAUUUUAGAGAGAGGAAUAGCUUGCUGUUUUGAUGUUACCAGUCAUAAUUUAUUGAUAUAAAUGAAACGGUUUUACAAUGCUUCCAUUUUUGUCUGAUGGGGGGGGUUGCACACUUCUGCUGCAGUGCAAUUCAUGUAUAGCAUAUCCUUUGCCAGUUGACUGCUUUCAAAUUGCAUCUAUUAAAUGUCUAAGCAAUAUUACGUUUGGAAACACGUUUUGCACAUAUUUAUGUGUUCAGGAAGUACUUUUGAUAUAGUGUGUUCUUGUACAUAGGAAUGUGCAUCAAAAAACUUAACUAUUCAGAGUACUUAAAUAAAAUGUAGAAGUAGUGAUAGCUGGGUCUAAUUUAUCCUAAAAUAAAUUUUGUUCUGACCUGAAAAAA